AUGACCGGCUUCGACUUCUCCAACUACAACCGCAAUGCCGCGCUCCAGGCCAGGGGAGCACCGGGCCCUAAAGCUACAAGCACAGGUACAACGAUUGUUGGCUGCAUAUACGACAAUGGCGUUGUGAUUGCCGCGGAUACCAGAGCUACCAGUGGUCCCAUUGUAGCGGACAAGAACUGCGAGAAAUUACACUACAUAGCCCCCAAGAUCUGGUGUGCCGGAGCUGGUACAGCUGCCGACACCGAAUUCACCACCGCCCUCAUCAGCUCCAACAUUGAACUACACUCUCUCUCAACGGGUCGACCUCCGCGAGUAAUUACCUGCAUGACCAUGCUCAAGCAACAUCUCUUCCGCUACCAGGGACACAUUGGCGCCUACCUGGUCGUUGCGGGCGUUGACCCAACUGGUACCGGCCUUUACACCGUGCACGCCCACGGAUCAACAGAUAAGCUUCCCUACGUGACCAUGGGAUCUGGAUCGCUAGCCGCCAUGUCUGUCUUUGAGUCGACCUGGAAGCCGAACUUGAACAAGGAAGAGGCAAUUGCCCUGGCAUCUGAAGCCAUCAAGGCCGGUAUCUUCAACGAUCUCGGAUCUGGUAGCAACGUCGAUGUCUGUGUUAUCGAAAAGGACAAGCCCACGCAACUCCUGCGCAACUACAUGACGCCCAACGAUCGUGGCCAGAAGGAGCGUGACUACCGCUUCGCGAAGGGCACCACGGCGUAUCUAAAUGAGAGGGUGUUUAGCAAGGAGGAUCUGAGGAAAUAUGUCACAGUGGAGGAGAUUUCUGGCGACCCUAAUCUGAUGGAAGUCGACCCAUAG